AUGAUUGUUAAUGCAGUCUAACAUGGAACGAAUGAAGACCUAAAUUAGAUGAUUAAAAAUAAACUCAUUCAAAGUAUUUUAAACAUGCUUAAUUUGGCAUAAGUAAAAGAAAUAUCAUCUCAUCAUCUUAAAAAAGGAUUAGAAAUCCUUAUAAAAAUACUGAGGAAAGGUGAAAUUAGAUCAAAGGACAGAUAAAAAAAUUAGUAUUUUACAGUAUUCAUUGAAAUUGAUGGAAAAGAUGUAAUACAAAAGCUACUAUCCUCUAAUUAGGAUGACGUUGCGAAAUAUGCUUACAUUUUUAAAUAGGAAUUCACCUUAUGA